AGAGGGGGAGGGAUUAAGGGAAGGAUCUUACGCACCUGUCUUUUUUAAAACAAUAAACUACAAGGGAAACUGAAGAUUGACCCGCAUGCCCGAUACUUCAACGAGGCAAAGAUUGCUUCCAUGCCCCAGGUCACUGCCUUGUUGCCCUUGAAAUGCACCAUUUCCUCAUAGGGUGCCCUUCAACAAGGAAAACAUGCCUUGGUGCCGUUGCCUUUUCAAAAAGAAGCAUACAGGCCUGUUUGACUAUGUGAACCAACGACUUCUGGGUUAACGUGCCAGUGCUCUAUAACUAAUCGAGCUUUCUAUUUUUCAAUAUCUUUGUUUUCAAAUGACCUUUUGAACCAGUCAUUCUAUUUUAUUGACUUUCAAGACUACACAUUUUUACCUUUUUCAGUUGAAUGUAGGUAGACCCAUUUACAAUCACGGGAUUUGAAUAGUUGACCGUUGGGCGUGCAAAAUGUGGUUUCGCCAGAAAGGUCUUAUGGUUUUGAACAUAGGCCUACUUACUUUACACGCGAAAGUGCUAUUUGAUUCUUGCUCUAAGUUUUACAUUGAAUGUUUAAACAAUAGUUGUUUUUGUAUAUACAUUUUUUUUUGUAAACAGCACAAGUGGUUAACUAGAGCACAAACCCACACUGUUACAUUACAGUAUGAGUAGACAGAACCUCGCACUUUAUGAAUUUGAGAGUUGUGCAAUUUACGAACUAAUCAAAAAGCUAUUAAAAAAAUUUCGCAGCAUGGGUUCCUUUUAACAACACCUUUGUCGCCGGGCUUUGGACAAAAAAAGAGGCUUUUGGCGACAAGAGAAAAGCCCAACGCGCAGACUCGUGGUGUUCCCUUAAUAUAUAUUAUAUAUAUAUAUUUUUUUUUACACAAAAACACAUACCCCCCUUCUUACCUAAAUUGUUCUUGUCUUUAACCAAGCAUGCAUUGCCAUAAAACAAUAGGUGUAAUUGUUAUUACGCAAAGUGUUUGAAAUGUCUUAUUUAUACGCUGCGCAAAUGAGCGAUUAAAGGAUACUAUAUUUUAUGUUUCAAAACCAUUUUUCUUUCUCAGAUUGCAUUAUUUCCAUCCGUGUUUAUAAAUCACAAUAAUUAAACUGGUCGCCAUCUUGAACAUUGAAAGGAUACAACAGCCCGACGUGGGAAGAACUGCCUACGCUACGACUGCGUGCACAAUAGCCUAUAGAAAUCUAUUCAAAACAGGCAAUUGUAUAGAUUCUUUUCAAGCAUCUGGUCUACAUAAAGAGCUUAAUUCUGUCUAUUCACUCGUGCAAACAACGUAAUCCUUCAUACUGCAGCCUUGCUCCCUCCUGUUCGCUAACAGUCUACAACGAAACAUUUGGACUCAUUGUAUACAACAACAGAAGCUGCUUAUGCGCUACGUAUCGCAUUCAAGGCUUAAUAUUUUCAACGGCAAACUCAUGUCUUGUAAUGUGUAAACCAAGGCAAAACAGCAAAUGAGAUAGGAAUCUGGCAAUGUUAUAGAAAACAAGUAACUACCAAAGGCGUACAUUAUUGCGAAGAGGUUUAUUGUUUACUGGAGGUGAGGAGAUCCGCUCACCAAGUAGUGCUUGUUCCUUGGAUACCCCAAUGCUAUGACAGCUAAGUGAUGGGGGAUAAAACGCCAGCUGCCCUAGCAAGAGCCGAAGUCUUAAGCAUUAAUCCUCCGCGAAUGCCGCUCGGAUACAUUGUGGAGACGUACCCAGCAGCAGCCAUCCCCGGUGGUUAUCCCGCUGUGCAACCUGGCAAUCCCGUCUUGGAGAACAAUUCCUUCAUCCCAGGUGAGAGUCUAAGAUCUGGGAUUUCUGUGGGGCGAUCCACAGGGCAGUCGGCCAUGGAUUUGACCACAGGCUCAGCCAGCCAGUCAAGAUCAUCUUAUGAAGAAGGUUCACACUACUACACUUCUUCGGGCACGCCCGAGUCCAGACUUCAAGGAAGUGUAGAAAUGCACUGCGAAGAUAUACCAGAUGAAGAAGGUAGUGAUAGAGAGAACUCGACGUAUGAUGAGUGCGUCACUGUCAUGUCCUCAGGCGCGUCAUCCUUCAUUUCUGAAACAGACGAAGCGUCCGCGGCAGAUGACCAGCAAGCACGAGAAGACGGUCACUACGUCUCGCAGGAUGAAACCCUACUGCCAUACAGUAAAGUCUUAACCCAGAGAUCAAUGGCGUAUGUCAUCAACGGUUACGCCUACCUCAGAAAUCGGCAACAGUUCGGGAAGAUAUACCUGCGUUGCCGCGAGCGUGAUUGUGCCGCUCGUGCAAUGAUAACAAAUAACGUUCAAGGCGCUACGGUGUUCAACAAUACUCACACCCACCGUCGUCCGGAUCUCUCCAACUCCAAGAAAGCGGUUAAGAGAAAGGCAUAUUUGGUGUCUCCAGCAACGAGAGGCAGCGAUGAGGAGGAAGAGAAAUACUCAGUGGAAUCUCGGCCAACAAGAAGGGCGUCCCCAUCUCCGAAACGACGUGAACGUGACGCAUGGCAUUCCACGCCACUACAUGGAAAGAGCUACCCUAAUGGUGAGGUCCAACAUCCACCACGCAUUGGGAUAAAAACAGAGGAUGGAGGAGGAGUACCAAGAAUCGUCUAUGCGCACUCAUUGUGCUCCAGUGAGAUGGUUUCCACAGCUAAGUCAAGAUUACCAGAAUUUCUGGAGAAGAUGGAACUGGAGCUGGACAGUGUGAUGGAUUAUUGGUUGAAAUAUUCCAAUGACAAUGUGAAUGGUGGCUUCUUUACAUGUCUUGGUCGAGACGGUAAGCGCUAUGAUGAUCUCAAAUACUGCUGGUUACAAGGCAGUCAGGUGUGGACGUACUGCAAGCUGUAUAACACCAUUCCCAAAUACCACACUCCGGAAGUUUUGCAAGCUGCUAAAAAAGGCGGUGCAUUUCUUCAGAAUUAUGUGAAAAAUCCAGCCACUGGAAAGUGUUACUUUAUUAUCACAAAGAGCGGCAAAGCAGUUAAGACUAAGUCAAAUAUUUUUAGUGAGUGUUUCUACAUCCUGGCAAUGUCUGAACUGGCGAGGGCGACACUAGACCAAAAGUAUAAGCUAGAAGCAGUCAAGAUGCUAGACCAGCUCCAACACUGGGUCUGCGUAGACGACACAGGGUUAGGAUGCCCUCAACUCAUGGGUGCGCCACGAGUAAACUCCCUCUCCGUAGCCAUGGUGUUUCUCAAUUUGCUGGAUGAAGUCACAGUGAAUGACGUCAGUCUACAAGAAAAAUAUGCCCAGCUUGAGAAAUGGAGUAUUGAACAGUGCUUACAACAUAUGCAGAGAGAUGGAAAUGUUAUUUUGGAAACAGUCAGUACAGAUGGAAAGGAGUUACCAGGUGCAGAUGGUAGAUUAAUGAAUCCAGGCCAUGCCAUUGAGACGGGCUGGUUUCUUCUACAAUGUGCAGUGAAACACAACCUCCCAGACCUGAAGAAGUUGGCUGUCGAUAACUUCAUCACGAAACCCUUCCAGUCCGGCUGGGAUCUGGAUAAUGGGGGUCUGUUCUCGUUCUUAGACGUAGAUGGUUUGUCGCCAACUCAACUAGAGUGGAAUAUGAAGCUGUGGUGGCCACACUGUGAAGCACUGAUUGCGUUUGUUAUGGCGUAUCGGGAAACCAAGGAGGAGAGAUUCCUCGAUAUGUUUGAAAAGGUCUUUGAUUAUACGAUAUCUAGGUUUAUUGACCCUGAUCAUGGCGAGUGGUUUGGAUAUCUUAGUCAAGAAGGAAAAGUCACCCAUGACUUCAAAGGUGGACCCAACAAAGGAUGUUUCCACAUUCCCCGCUGCCUUCUCUUGUGUACUCAGAUACUAAGGAAGAUACUUAAAGGAGAGUGAAGAUUGAUGACUUGACCAUCAGAUAAUAUCAAAGAUGUCAAACAUUUAUGAUGGCUACUGACUUGAUCAUGGAGAACCAGCACAAUUCCUGAUAGCCACCGAUUUAGCUCAUGAAUAAAGGGAUACUUGAACUCCUGCCCACCGUACCAAUGGUGCUCUAUGGUGCUCAUGUAGGAUGGACAUGUGUGAUCUCGACCCCUCGGUCAUCUAGCCAGCGCACGGCCACUGAUUCAGAACAUGAAUGGACCUACCGGCUAAUUCCUGCCCACCAUAGCUUUACAGCUUGUGUAGGAGGGACCAUGCAGGGACACCACACCACACUCAAAAUGUGCAAUUGCAGCUUUUCAAAUGUUUACAGCAGGUUUAGACUUUGUUGUUGGACUUUUAAGGUGUUGGACCUCUGGUUGCACAGUUGUGGGAAUAAUUGAUUGUUUUUUAGGAUCAGCCUAUUCCUAACGUCUGUCAUCAUAGUGAAAGACCUGCAGCCUAAUUACAAUGGAAAGCGUGCCAUCUUGCUCCAUAUUGUUUGUCACCAACCCCAGGAAGGGAGAUUACGACAAUGCUGAUUAGCUCUCAAAAGUGACUACUUUGAGGGCACGCUUUUUCAAAACUUUUAAGUGUGUGUGUGGUGCUUAUUGGCUGGCAGUACAUGCAGGUCAAAAUGCAAGUGUUUGAUGCGAUCCCACCUGGCGCAUGCUUGAGUUUGCACAAAGAACGAAGCAACAACAAGCCUAUACUUUCACCAUUAAAGUGGUUGAGGGAAUCAAAGCAUGCUGGGAAAAAAUGGUAUGAUGUGAUCGAUCACCAAUGGUAACUAGAUUGAGAAGGCCUGUACUUUCAAUUAUUUUUUAUUUGUGACAAUCAGGGUGGUUAUUAAGUGCUACUUCCACUGCCUUUCUCAUGUGCGUCACAGAGUGUCCUGUAAGCGUGAUAUGUACCAGUGUGCUAGCUGCUCUGCUGAAUCUUACUACAUAUUUGUAUGAUUCAUAAUUUAAAAUAUUCAUGACCAGGGCCCAAUUUCUUUGCUAAGCAAACAACGAUUGGGGCACCAGUUGCAAUGGUGUA